AUGGAAGGCUCAUUGGAAGAGGGCUAUGAAAUAAUGGCACACUUCAUGGAGCAAGGUUUCGAUGAUCCAAGCUUUAAGGUCCCAGUUUGGUCUUCUGCUACUGCUGAUUCAUCUUCUUCUUAUUGCUAUUAUUACCCAUCAGAAGUCGAAAACUUUGAUUCUUAUGGAGGAUUCUGUACUCCACAUUUUGGGCAUGGUGAUGGUUUUUAUCUGAAUGAAUCAGAUGUAAUUCCACAAAAUUCAGAGCCAGCAAUUUGUGUCACUGCAAUUGGAGAUUUGGCUCGUUUCAGUGAGGAUGCAAGCAGAGACGACAUUGGACAGCCUGUUCCUCCUCCUCAGGAUCCAGCAGUUUGUGUCACUGCAAUUGGAGAUUUGGCUCAUUUCAGUGAGGAUGCAAGCAGCGACGACAUUGGACAGCCUGUUCCUCCUCAGGAUCCAAUUCUGCAGAUUAAGAGAAAGCGUAGAGAUUCAAAAGACGAUGUCUCCUCCAAAACCUCAAGGAAGGCUGAGGUUUCAUGGAAUGCUGAAAAGAGUGCACCUUUGAAGAAAGGCCAGAAGAGGACUUGGACUUGUGACAAAGAAGACAACAAUGUGAACAAGACCUGCAGCUACAGCUCUGAAGUUGUCGAUGGAAGACAGGUAGCAGAACAAGCACCAUCAACUAAUCCACAAAGUCUAUAUGCGAAGAAAAGAAGGGAAAGAAUCAACACGAGACUGAAAAUUUUGCAGAAUCUGGUUCCUAACGGAACUAAAGUUGACAUAAGCACAAUGCUGGAGGAAGCUGUCCACUAUGUAAAGUUCUUGCAGUUACAAAUAAAGCUCUUGAGCUCGGAUGAACUAUGGAUGUAUGCUCCAAUCGCUUACAAUGGAGUCAACAUAGGACUUGACCUAAAGACCAUUCCACAACUGGAAGAGAAGUAGGAAGCUAGAAGAAUGCUCUGAGAUUAUAUAAGCUAACACUUGCAGACACUGGUUCUUUUCCUGAGUAAUACUAGGCCACUAAACAAUAGUAAAAUUGUGAGAAUAUUUAGUUGUUUAACUCUUCUUUUCAUAAAAUCCUGAUUUUAGUAUUGGGAAGGAAUUAAUUCAUCCACCAUCCGGUUUGUAUUAACUUUCAAAUGGGGGUGAAAUAUUAAUCUAUAGAGUAAAGAAAUGUAAAUGCUUGCCUUUUUAAAUUGGUUAAACACUAUUUGAGUCUUGAUGUGUUGCUCAGAAUUGUUCAGUGAGAAUUGCAGAG